AUGGACCAAAAUCUCUAUACACUUAAGCCAUCACAUUUGAAUAAUACAGCUAAAGCUGAAAAGGAAUGGAUCUUCUUUAAUCGUUUAGAAAAAGUAGGCUCUCAAAGUAUGAUAACUUUCCUGAUGGCACUUGCUGAAGUUAAUAAUUUUGAAGCACAUAUUAUGAAACCAGAUGCCUAUGUUCGCCUCACCUAUACCGAAGAGGAAGAAAAGGCAAUGGCCGAAAAUCUAGAUGAUGUCGAUGAGAUCAUGUCUUAUACGGAACAUACAAAUUGGAUAAAUUUUACCACAUACGAUCUACCCAAACCGAUUUAUAUAAAUCUGAUAAGACAUCCCCUAAGGCGGGUAAUGUCAGCUUAUUACUACAAUCGACGACCAGAAAUUUACGAAUACUAUAAGAAAAAAUACAAUCGUACAAUGAGUGCCAGAGAACAACGAAUGUCCUAUAAUGAUUGUAUUAAGGAAGGCAAAAGAGAAGAGUGUAUAUAUGAUUCUAAAAAUCCAUACAAUGCGGACUGGCGUAGAGCAGCUCUACAUUUCUGUGGCAAUAAGGAUGUGUGCAAAACUAGAGUAUUUAAUUCCCAAACGGCUACACAAAUAGCUAAACAUAAUAUAGAACAGGAUUAUGCUGUAGUGGGCACUUGGGAGGAAACUAAUAUAACAUUAACUGUGCUGGAACACUAUAUACCGCGCUUUUUCAAAGAUGCCACACAAAUAUUCUAUAGUGACGUUGAAAAAUUCCGCAGAAAUGUCACACCACACAAAUCGGAAUUGGAACCGGAAGUGGAGGCAAAAUUAAAAAUACAAUUUUCAUAUGAAAUUGAAUUGUAUAAUUUUUGCAUGCAGCGUCUUUAUAAACAGUAUAUAGCGAUUAAAAAGGAUGAAAUGAUAAAGAAAUUUGGUGGAAAUAGUUUAUUUCCAUUUAAUAUUUUAGCGUGAAAAUAUUAUUUUCUAAAUAAAAUGUGAAAUUAAAGAGAAAGCUUAACGGGAAAGCUAAUAAAAAUAAACGUAUUACUAAAGUGAAUAAUAGAGUGUUAACUAAGGUGAACAUUCAUGUAAAAGUCUCAAAAUUAAUGCAAUAAAAAAUUUAGGAAAAAGCUUUUGUAAAAGCUUUGUAAAAAGCUUUUAGGAAAAUAAUACUUCUAGAAGUUAAUGUAAAAGCUUUUAUAAAGUCAAAGAAGUGAAUUUUAUAGAGUCUUUUUGUCAAAAUGCAAAUAUUGCAGAAGAAAGCUUUUGAAAUUGUUAACACCUUUUUUUGCUAAACUUGCUAGCUUUCAAACAGUGAAAAUAUACUUGCAAAUAUGUGCAGAAAAAGCUGUGCAAUAAAUUCUUCAAGAAAAAGCUUUGGAAAAGACUAACUAUGUUUAAAGUUUAUCUAAAAAGCCUUUAAAAGUUUAAUAAUUCAUAAAAUUAAAGUAAAAGCUUUAAAGAGUGAAAAAAUUAUCAGCAUAUAACCUAGAAAGCUUUCAAAAAG